AUGUGUAUUGUCCUAUAUUAUCCUCCCUUUGCUCACACUACUAACCUCAAGAUGUUCUGUGCUUCUGUCCUUUGGCCACUUGCAGACUGCAGCUGCAAAUGGUCAAAGGCAGCGCUACAGCUAUAUUUCAAGUGUUCACAGUGGUUCUUCACAGUAGGCGUGCUAUCAAUCCUCUUUGAUAGCGUGCCUUCAGGGUCUGGACACCUUCAGACUUUUCUGGCCAUCCAUGUCCCCAGGGACUGGACACCUUCUUUGUGGGAUCUGGGGGUAUUUAACUUGGCCAUCCAUGUCCCCAGGGACUGGACACCUUCUUUGUGGGAUCUGGGGGAGUGUUUCUUGGCCAUCCAUGUCCUCAGGGACUGGACACCUUGA